AUGGCACUGACCGUGAGCAAGAAAGCAAACCUACUGUCCUCCCUGAGCAUCAUGGCAUCUUACACAGUCAUCUUUGCAUUUGCACUUUUUCUUGAGUUUACGGCUUACUCAUCCCUGGCGCUGCCCAAAGGCAUAACAGAUCAAGAAAGUACAGUCCAAGAUCGACUAAUUUCAAUGCCAGAUGAUGGAAGAGAAGAGGGGACUGGACUGCUCUCCUUUAGAAGAUACCCCAUCAUCGAGGGCAGACUUGAGGACGGCACAAAGCGGAUCUUCAUACUUGCUGACACAGGAAUAAAGGGAUCUCCUGGGAGGGAAACAAACCUUGCCUUCCCAAAAUCCUUCCCUGCACUGCGUGGGCUGGAUCACAGUGUGGAUGGAUUCAGCAUGAGGGAUGACCGUAGAAGUGCAGAUGAUGUCAUUCCAGUGGGUAGGAGAGACGUUGACAUAUUGAGGUGCAUGAUAGGUCGAGUGUACAGGCCAUGCUGGCAAGGUUGAAGUCGAUGCAGACUACAAACAGCUUGGACUGCACCCUUUAUUUCAUCCUGCAUCUUAUUCCAAAC